CAGAUGAAUUAAAUUAUCAUGAAGAUCCUUCAUUCGAAGGAUUCCAAGUUAUACAAUAUGCGACUUAUGACGAUGGAACGAUCUUACUUAGAGUUCGUCCUAGUACCGAUGAAGAUUGUAGAGCAAGUGGAUUAUAUUUUCGUUUAAUAAGAACUGAUGGAACAAUUACUCCAAUUACUUUAAAUAAUAGUGUAUUUCGUAAUAUUUCUUCAAAAAAUUAUUGUUUUGUAAAUAGUGGUGUCGCUUUUACCUUAAAAACUUUGUCAGCACCUACAAAAAAUGGCCCACUCUGGAUACCUGGUUAUCGAUUUCCCAUAGCUUAUUUGGUUUCUAAUAAUCCAACCGAUGCUAUACGAAUAUAUGGAAUAGCACCAAAUUAUAUAUUAAUUUCAUAUUUAUGUGGGAAUUCAGAUGCUAAUGUUUGCGGACUUGUAUUGGAUUG